AUGUUCGCAUCGCCAAUGAGCUUAACCUGGGCAUUAUUCGUCCUAGUUCUUGCCGCAUCUUCGGCGGAACACUCGGACACUGACCCAUACAUGUUAGACUCCAUCAUCCAGAAUCUGAAAUAUUUGCUCAAGGAUGUGGAGGUGAACAAAACGGGAUUCAAGGAGAUCGGUAAGGGAUUUUACUUCAUCGAGGAGAACCAAAAGCAGUCGUGGCACACAGCCCUAUCCAUUUGUCGGCGCAUGGGAGCUCAUCUGGCGACCUUUCAGUCCGAGGGGGAACUCAACGCCGUGGAUGCCGAACUUAACAUCCGCAACAACGGCUAUUGGAUUGACGCCAAUGACUUGGGCAGAGAGGGACAUUUCGUGUGCUGGACAACGGGCAGUCCCGCACCAUAUUUGAAAUGGAAGAGGGGCGAACCGAAUAACUUGUGCAACAAGGAGCACUGCGUCGAACUCUGGGAUGGUCUGAUGAACGAUGAAGACUGCACCGAUGAGCGCUAUUUCAUUUGCCAGACCGGAGAUGGAAUUUAA